AUGAUAGCUUUAAAGCAAAAGUCUGAAAAGCAACAGAAAUUGAUUGAAGAAUACCUGAAGAAGAUUCAAGAGCUGGUCUCACUGAAAGAUUUGCUGAAGAAGAAAGUUGAGAAUUUACUGCGCAACAUAGAUCGCAGUACACCUCUUCGUGGUGAGAGCAUGUCAGGUCUUUUCUCCUCAUAUGAAGAAGAUGAAGACAUCACUCCAAUCAGUGUUGUUCCAAGAGGCGGGGAUAACACUGAUGCUCGACUUUCUGUCAUAAGCAACUAUUUUGAAUUUUAUGCCAAUGCCGUUGAUCGUAUCACCAGCGAGGUCAGUCACAUACAGAAUGAAGCAAACAUCAUCUUUAACUCUGAAUUCAAUUCUACUUCAAACAACAAUUCCCUUUCUUUGCUGCAAGAUGAUGGUCGCACACAACCUAAUGUUGAAAGCAGACGGGGCCAGAGACGAAGUGAUGAUGUUUCUGCUUCUCGAAGCACAUUUGGUAGUCAAAUGCAGGAAUCUCUAGAUACUAUGAACAGAGAUAGGUACUCCCUACCUGUAAGCUCUUAUUUGUCCAUGAAUUUGGAUCAGGAAGCUAGUGUUCGUGCGGAGUCUAUCUCUCCAAGUAUUGCUGCUGAAACCGUUAGUGGAAGCACUGGUACCGAUGAUGGUUACACUUUGACUGAUCGAGAAUUAGAUGUUUCUUAUGUCGCUGACUCUGAAGAUGGAAACAACUCAGCUGCUGAGUACAACUAUGACAAUGUCAGCGAUAACGGAAUAUUUGAAUCUGAUGAAGAUGAUGAGGAAGAUGACGAUGAUGACGAUGAUUAUGAUGAUGUUCCAAGUGAUGUCUCUUCUUCCAUUCAGUCAUCCCUGCUGGCAAAUGUCCACUCUGAGUCCGCAGUCGAUGAAGCUGAAACCUCGAACAACCUAAGGAACUUGUAUGAUGAAUCAGCCGAGCUAUGGUCAGAACACCACAGCAAUGCUAAUCAGUCAACAGAGAAUGCAAACGACCAUCGUUCCGAAACAGUUCCAGAAUCGGAUAAUGUCAGUGUCAAUGCAGCUGAUGGCGAUUCUUUUCUUCAACGCUCUGAAGAAAACUAUCUCUCUUCAAAUUAUAUAUCCUCUCCUUCCGUUACAUCAGUCCAGUACUCACCAGUUUUGUCUUCUACACCCUUUCAUGACUCGGACAGUGAAAUGUAUGAACACAAUGUUGUUAUGUUCUCUGACUUGAGUGAUGAUGAAGCCAAUCGUGAUGUUGAAUUAGUAUUGGACACUGGUGUUACCUUCCCCUCCUCAACUGCAGAAAAUACAGCUCGCAGAACCUCAAGCAAUAAUACCCAUUCAGAAAAUAGCCGUAUUCUAAGUGAGGAGGAUGGUGAUGGCAGUGAUGAGAAUGAUGAUGGUGAUGAUGAUAAUGAUAAUGGAAGUAACACACUGUAUCGUCUGGCUGUAUCUGAUUAUCCAAGCUCUCCAGCAGAGGAGGAGGAUGAUGAGGACAAUAAUAAUGAUAAUAAUAAUGAGAAUCACAUUGUAUGUGUUUUGGAGUCUUCAAACUCUGCUCAUCCUGUUGAAAACAGUACAACAAACAAUACUGAAAACACAGAAGUAAAUGAAGUAAGUAUUACUCACAUAUGCACCUCAAAUAAAUCAGCACCAAAUAAUAACUCUUCUGUAGAACAUUUAGAAAGACCUUCCUCUCAAACAGCUAUGUACCAACACCGGCAACGGUACAUUGAAAUGAAUUCAGAGCCAGUUGCAAUAUCUGGUCAGCAUAAUCUCACACGAUUUCUCCAAGCAGAGAAAGAAUCUUUGCGUUUCUCCCAGCAUGUUUUGUUUGACAACACGGAAACCGAUUGCCCUGCAUCCAGUGUAUCAAUUAAAAUUGAACCCAACCAGGACAUAGGCCGUAUGAGCUCCUCUUCAGAAAUCACAGAUGUUCAUAAGACAAUAUUGUCCACAAGAGCCUCUUACAACUCGAGAGUCACCCAGGGUUAUCUACAAGUCAACUCUGCCGGCACUGGAGAAUCAAAGACAUUCAAUGAAAGACUGAUGCAAACUGACAUUUCAAGCCAUUACACUUCGUCCUCACAGCGUACACUUAGUAGCAUGCAUGUCAACCGGUGUCCGAAACGGUCCAAUUCUUCGUCCACAGAGACUCGAACACUUGGGAAGCGACGCCGGACACGUGACUAUUCCAAUUACAAUUCCUCAUCCCAAACUGUUCCCACAGCAGCCAUACGCAACCGAGUAGACUUAUCUGUGAUAAAUGUUCGCGAAUCCCCUGGUCAAUCUCUACCAAAGCGUCACCGCUGCAAUCGUUACCCUGCAACUGUGAGUACGCCUACAGUGCCCACCACAGCCAUCGUGACUCCUAGCAUCACCUCUAACACCCUACCUGCUGCUGCUUGUACCUACAGUCCCCGGUUAAUGCUAAACUCUGGCCGUCAAUCUGUCUCUUCUUCGGGUGGCAGAACACGACGAAGCCAGAGAAGAUCUACUCGCGAGUGGCAACUUAACAUCCAGCCAGAUGCAAAUGAUAUACGUGUUGUUGAAGAAAGGACUUUGUCUAGUGUUAGUGCCACAGACACUGCAGUUGGUGGCAGCCAAACAUUCCGGGAUAGGCGACACUCUCACCAGUCUGAAUAUACCAUGGAGCAGGCCGACUCUGAUGAUGCCAGCUAUGAACCAUCUGAUAGUUAUUCAGACACAGAUGGACAAGAGACAGAUGGCAGUUAUGAGGUGCUGGUACCAAAAUCUAUCUCCCAAUUGUUAGAAGAAUAUGAUUCAGAAGAGACGGAUGAAAGUUGGACUGUUGAUAUGGCUUAG